UCACCAUCGCGGCCGGAAUCCCGCACCAGCUCCACGCUGCGGUCCUUUCGUUCAUUUACUCGAGGCAAAGACCGUCCCGAGAGUACGUUGUCAAACUACACCGACGUCACGGCCACUCGCCCACGAGCGCCCUCUGCCGUUUCGAGCUCCAUUUAUUCCGGCUAUCCUGACUCUGCUCGACAGCCGGCUCACUCGAACGCCUCGCGCGUGUCCUUCAAUUCGAGAUCGGGAAGUUAUAUGACCGGCCCAAUGGAGGUCGACCGCACUCGUACCCGGAGGGAGAGAACCUUCGUCGGCGCCGAAUGCGCCGUCUGUGAGGAGCCGCUGGAACAUACCCUGCGUGGUGAGCGCGUCCUCCAGUUCUCAUGCAGCCAUGUCUCCCACGAAGCAUGCUUCUACGAGUAUAUUCGCGAAUUUGAAUCGCAAUAUUGUCCCACCUGCAAUGCCCCCCUGGGCCUUGAUACGAGCCGAGGUGGAAAUCAACAUUGUUCGCUCGGUGACUAUGAGCGAUUCCGCGACGACACGCAGCGAAUUGACAACCCCGACACCGAGCCGCCCCCCAGCGAUAACGGCAGCCGCUUCAACCCCCAGCCGUCAAAUCAUAGCCGACAGGACAGUCGACGGGACAGUCGCGAGACCACCAACCAGCGCGACCGCGUGGAGCGCUUGACGGUAGUUUCUCAGCCCCGCCAACCGCAUUCUCGGAACGGUAGUGCGGCUGGUUCUUCCGGCGAUUAUAAUGAGGGCCAGCACACAAGCAUUGGGCGACGCCACGACUACGAUGUUCAGGCUAUGGAGUCCGAUUUGAGCCCCCGCCCGGGCGUGACGAAGAACCCCAUCCCCGCCCCGAUGGUGACUGUGCGAAGCGAAUUCCCCACCAUGAACCGAUCCCGCCAGCAACAAUCCCUCACCUGCUUGAUCACGGUAGAAGUGCCGGAGGGCAAUUGGCGUCCGGACGCGGAGGAUCUCCGACAAGCGCCUGGCGGCCAACCACUGCUCGACGAGCCGUACUCCGCACGGUUUGGCGGCUCGCAGGAUGCCCGAUCUCUUCAGUUUGACCAGUCGGAGAACCUGGAUGAAAUCGCCGAGGACUUGCGAAACCGGGUUGACAAUUGGCACGGACUUGAAUUCAACCGGUUUGGCAAGCUGCGCCUGCACGGGCAGGUCCGUGUUGGCAAAGACCGGGAAUCGUGGCAAGAGCUGGAGUGUUAUUUGUUCGGAGAGAUGCUUAUUUGCGUCAAGGAGAAGAAAGUCGCCGAUGCUCACCAGUACGAUGAUCAUUCGGGCAAGCGCAAGCCGACACGAUGCACUCUCAAAGGCUCCAUUUUGAUCAAAAAGCAUUUGAAGGGAAUUGACGCAUCCUCCGACGAGUCGGUUCUUACUCUGAACCUGUCAGUCACUGAGCUUCCCCGAUUCUUCCUCCGCUUCCAGAGCCGAAACCAGCUGGAAAUGUGGCGCCGUUCUUUGAUGGAUCUGCACCCGGUCGAGAGUCUGACGCGCCAGAACGACUAUGACUUUGACAACUCGGGUGCUGAAGACGAUGAUUACCGGACCAGCCGCAUCCAACGCCAGGCUUCUCUCAACUCGUCCUAUGGAGCAAGCAAGUCGAACAACACUGCCAUCACCGACUACACCAAUCCGGAUGCUGAGAAGCCUUCGAUCAAUUCUUUCCACAUUCCUCUCGAUAUUGUCGUUGUAAUCCCCGUUUCCUCCUCGAUGCAAGGCCUCAAGAUCACUCUUCUGCGCGAUUCCCUCAAGUUCCUCGUUCAGAACCUCGGUCCUCGUGAUCGCAUGGGCCUGGUAACAUUUGGUUCAAGUGGCGGCGGCGUGCCUCUCGUAGGCAUGACUACCAAGUCAUGGAAUGGCUGGAACAAGAUCCUUGACUCCAUUCGUCCCGUUGGCCAGAAGAGUCUCCGUGCUGAUGUGGUGGAGGGUUCCAAUGUGGCCAUGGACCUUCUGAUGCAGCGCAAGUUCAACAACCCGGUCUCAACCAUUCUUCUGAUCAGCGAUUCGUCUACCUCGGACCCCGAAAGCGUCGACUUCGUUGUUUCUCGCGCGGAAGCCGCCAAGAUCAGCAUUCACUCUUUCGGACUUGGCUUGACUCAUAAGCCCGAUACCAUGAUCGAGCUUUCCACUCGCACCAAGGGCUCGUAUCUUUACGUCAAGGAUUGGAUGAUGUUGCGUGAAUGUGUUGCGGGCUGCCUGGGUGCUUUGCAGUCCACCUCCCACCAGAACGUUAAGCUAAAGCUCCGUCUGCCAGAAGGUUCGCCGGCCAAGUUCGUUAAGAUCAGCGGCGCUCUUCAUACGACCAAGCGUGCAACUGGCCGUGAUGCUGAGGCUGCUCUGGGAGAUCUUCGAUUUGGUGAUAAGCGUGAUGUCUUGGUGCAGCUGGUCAUCCAGCCGGACAAUGCUACUCAGGACAACAUGCCCCAAGACCCGUGGGAAAGCUUGGUGUCGGGCCUGGAGGCACUUGGUGGUGGGCUUGAUGGAGAUGAGCAGCGGGUUCUGAGCGUUGAAGAAGUUCCGUUGAUCCAGGCCGACUUGACCUACGGUGAUCUUCUCCGUGAUGGACACUUGACUCAUUCGCCUCGCCCAUCUCUUCUUGCCAUUACUAUGCUUCCGGCUAACCCCAAGGCCAGGGGCCAACGGCCUUCCACUCCUCCCAUUCCCCCUCAUCCCUCGAUCGUGCAGCGCCGCAUGGAACUGCUCACAUCCGACAUGCUCACCCGGGCCCUCACUCUGGUUUCCCGCGGUCAACAAGACCGUGGCCAGCACCUGCUGAACGAAACCCGUAGUAUUCUCAAGGGUCUCGGCAAAGGUGGCCUGCCGCCUCUCCCCCCGACCGUCUCUCGGCCCUCAGGAAGCAGCGACUCGGGCAGCAGAGGUGACACACCAGGUUCCGGCUCGCCCAACCCAUCCACCUUCGGAGAUGGCCACACCUCCUCGGUCUCCGAAACAGCUACCAUUACGCCUUCGUCCGCAGUCGACGUUCAGACGAUGAUCGCCCUAAACGCAGACCUCGACUCAGCCCUGGAGUGGAUCAACCACCCCGCCGUGUUCGCGCGCGACUCACGGAAAGCCGUACUCCAAAGUAUCGGCGUAAUCUCCUCCCAGCGCGCCUACACCUGCCGCACACCCUCCGAGGCCCACUGGGCGCAACGAAUCGCCGGAGUCCGCCGGCUGACCGACCGGUCCAAAGACUGGCGCGAGAUGGGCGACGAUGCUUUGACCGAAGAGUAA